AUGAUUACUGGGGGGACUUCGACAGCAUCACCAUUACCAUCACCUGCUCUGCGUUCUCCAUGGCACUCCCCCGUGCCUUACCUCUUUGGGGGACUGGCGGCCAUGUUGGGACUCAUUGCUUUUGCUCUCUUGAUCCUGGCGUGCUCAUACUGGAAAUUUUCUAGCAAUGGUGGCGACGGAGAGAGGGACCUCGAGGCUGGUGAGGGUAAUGGCAGCGAAGGCUCUGAGGCUGCCAUCGUUAAACCACCACCGGCGCUUGAAAAGAAAUAUCUUGUGAUCAUGGCCGGACAAGAGAAACCAACUUUCUUGGCCACUCCUAUGUCAAGUAGAGCAUCAUCUUUUGGUAGCAAAAGCCCUUGCAGCACCAGUAGCGACACUACUCUGACAUCAAAGGAGGAUAAUGAAGAGAAGAAGCAGGAAACAAAUGGUAGACAGAUAGAAAUGGGGACCGUGGAAGCUCAUCAGGCACCAGAUCAAAUCAAUUGA